AUGGAAGAAAUGACCAAGUUGAAUAAAACUAUGGGGAGCCACGUGACUGAAUUCAUUCUUAUGGGCCUCACGAACCGUCCUGAGCUUCGAGGUCCCCUGUUUGUUGUGUUUUUACUCAACUACAUGAUCACAGCUCUAGGAAACCUGGGUUUAAUCAUCCUAACUAGUGUUGAUUCCCACCUACAAACCCCCAUGUAUUUCUUUCUUAGGCAUCUGGCAUAUGUUGAUCUUGGCUAUUCCACAGUCAUUGGUCCAAAAAUGCUAGCCAGUUUCAUAGUUGAGAAAAAUACAAUUUCCUUCAAUGGAUGUGCAACACAACUAGUUUUCUUUUUGAUGUUUAUCAUCAGUGAACUUUUUAUCCUAUCAGCCAUGGCGUAUGACCGCUAUGUGGCUAUCUGUAAGCCCCUCCUCUACAUGGUCAUCAUAUCAAACAGGGUAUGUUGGGUCUUGGUGGCUGUCUCUUAUCUCUAUAGCAUCAUGAUAUCCCUUCUCAUCACAAUUAAGAUUUUUAAUUCAUCCUUCUGUGAAUCAAAUGUUAUAAGACAUUUCUAUUGUGAUAGUCUCCCUCCUUUGUACAUUAUAUGCUCAGGCACAAGUGAGAUUGAAUUAAUCAUUACGAUCUUUUCUGCAACUAAUUUAGUGUCUUCACUCUCAGUUGUCCUUGUCUCCUACAUGCUCAUUCUUGUGGCCAUCCUCAGGAUGAAUUCUGCUGAGGGCAGGCACAAAGCCUUCUCCACCUGUGGCUCUCACCUCACAGUGGUGAUUGUGUUCUAUGGGACACUUCUCUUCAUGUACCUACAGCCCCAAUCUAGCCACUCCUUUGAUACAGACAAAAUGGUCUCUGUGUUUUACACCGUGGUCAUCCCAAUGCUCAAUCCUUUGAUCUAUAGCUUGAGGAACAAAGAGGUAAAGGGUGCCUUGAAAAGAGUCUUCAAGAAAUUGAUCUAA